CACACUCAUCGCAAGCAAACCGAAGCCGCUGUUUGUAUCAACACAUCUGUUUAGGGCAUCCACAAAUAAGUGUUUUGUAGUAUUAAUCAGAGGAUAGGCAGACACAUCAUUCCAAUCCAAGAAGAUUAUCUCCCACCGUUGACUUCGGUUUCUGCAGAUUACAAUAGAGAGAACAAUGCUGUCGUCGGUAGCACGUCGGAGAGCAACGAGUGCUGCGGCAGGCAUGCACAGAAGGGCGGCAGCGGCAGUCGCCUCGACGAGCAGUGUGUCGGGAACCGCAGCAACAACCACCUCCGCCUCCGCAAUGCCCUUUCCAUCCGUGCCGUUGUCGGCACGCCAUUCCUCAUCGGCACCGCAAACGCWGUCGGAAGAUUCAUCSAAGACGGAUUCGUCGCAAGAAUAUGUCUCUGUCUUGAAACUGAACAUGUUGCAACAGAAUCCCGGAGCUAUCAAGAAGGUGUGUUUGUGGUUUUUGCGAAUGAGCUCCCUAGCGAUUGAAUCUACAGAUUACGCCACAGAGAAAAACGUCGUGAUCGAUGGAGGUGUUUGUCGCUACUGCCAAUCGACGAUUGCAGGUUUUAAUCCCUUCGAAACAACAGAGUGGGAAGCUGUGUUGUUAUUUUCUGCCUUGCUCACUUUCACGCUGUUAUCAUUGUUUGCACCCAUCGAAUGUUGUUUUCGUUCCACUGUUGCGGUUCCGCCCUGCUUCGUUCCAAACUCUAAUGGAAAUAACAAAGAAACGCCGCGUCGGCCGUGGUAUCGGAUCCUCAAAGGGAAAGACAUCCGGCAGGGGCCACAAGGGAACAAAAGCGCGUGCUGGUGGUUCCGUUCCUCUCACCUUUGAGGGUGGACAGACACCCCUGUACAAGCUCCUUCCCAAGCRGGGAUUUACGAACAAACGGCACAAGGCGGAUAUGGUUGCCCUGAACGUAGGAACCAUUCAGGAUUACAUCGACAUGGGGCGUCUGUCCCUGGAGAACACGGACGACCAAAACAUCCCCCUCUGGAACAUGAAGGAUUUGUUGGAUGCGGGCAUGUUUACGACGUCGUCGGUAAAGCACGGCAUCAAGYUGUUGGCGGAAGGAAAGGARCGACUCAAGACCCCCUUCAAACUGGAGAUCUCCCGCGCCAGUGAAUCGGCCAUCCGAGCCGUUGAGGCCGUCGGUGGAGAAGUAACCACGGUGCACUACAACCGGCUGGCCCUGAGGGCAUUGCUGAAACCCAACAAGUACGUUGCUACCGCCGAUAAGGAGGACGAGGGUGGCUACGGAUUCAGCAACGACAGCCACCAAGAAGAUGCGAUCGUCCGCAACAACAGCAAGACUCCCAGGUUGCUGCCGAAAUUUGCCCGGCCGCCACCCAAGUGGCAACCCUACUACACAAACUGGAAGAACCGAGGAUAUCUGAGCGUCCAGGCCCAAAUGCGAAAAUUGAUUUCGGAGCGGCCUGAACUGGAGGAAGCUUUUUCAAAGGCACUGGAAGAAGCCGGUGCAAAGGGGGGAAAAUAAUUCUCUAAUCGAAACAGUACUAUGCAAAAGUAGUUAGCAGCCAUAGGAGACAAUAAUCUGUAAAGUAGUAU